GCCAUGGGUGGGGCCUGUGUGAGCAGGCCUCGGGGUGAGUUCCGGGUGGGAGGAGGUGCAGGGAGCGGGCGACAUGGGUGACUUGGCCCUGAAGACGGGGCUUAUCGUGGACAGACUUUUCGAAGAGGAGGAGGAAGAAGAUUCCUUGGAUGUCGACAGUGGCGGAAGCCCAGAGGAUGAAGAAAUUCUCAACAUAGCUAGAUGUCUACGGAAGCUUGGGGAUGAGUACAAUGAGAUAAUACAGUCACAUAUCAAGAAUCUUAAACCAGAGUUAAAUAACUUGGAGAAGGAACAGUGUUCCGUCCAGGGUGUGGAAGUGUUUUCUAACAUGGUGAAUAAGCUGUAUAGCAAUCCUGAAAUGCAGAAAUAUCAACAGCUGGGUUUCGAGAUGAACCUCCUGAGAAUUACUGUCGCCCUGGGACUGGGGAUUGUCAAGGAGGCACCUGGCCUGCUUCCUACCAUCAAGAAUGCCAUGGUAAACUACAUCAAUUCAAAACUGCUGAACUGGGUUCAAGGUACAGGAGGAUGGGAAAAUGCCUGUGUGCAAUGAUAUAAUGGAUGAUCGCAGUGGGUGAUGGAAAGUCCGAAACUGAUGAAAAUAUACAUUAAAAUACAUUCCAAAUACAAUUUGACAUCAAGGUGAAGAACAUUCUACGUUCCAACUGCCACUCUCCAUUUCCUGUAGUUUCAGUAUCCCCCGAGAGUAAGAUGGUUACCAAGCAAUGUAACAACCACUGCCUCCUCCAAGGCCUUUGCUUGGGUGUGGGGCCAGGUUGACCACUGAGAGAUUGUUGAGAUAUAUUUGAGAUGAUGCUGUCUUUCCUUGCUGUGGGUCCAUGAAAACUAUAAAAGGAAAUGGAGUUAGCCCAGGAGUGAAAGUCAUAGAAAGCCAAAAGCUGCAGCCACUAAAAGUAAGGAAUAAGUGGCUUGUGGAAUGAGAGCAAUAAUAUGUGGAAUAACUACUUUUUAGCUUUAUUCACAUGGAACCACUGAAGGAAAUGCCUCUGUAUAUUUAGUGUUCAGAAAGUUAACUGGUCAAUGAUAAAGAAUAGGUUUAGUUUGCUCUCAAAUUUCUCAAAAUAACUGAUGAAAUUGUGUAUUUUGCAAACCAGAUUAGUGGAUUGUAAAUAUGGCAGAUGUUCUUUGUGGUAAGAAUUAGUCAUCAGACUUCUGAUUCCUCCACGCAGCAGAUGUUGGAAAAUCUGACGACUGAUUUGGUUUCAGCUUAUCAAACAAAACAGUGUCAAAGUCAGACCUUUUUCUUGUUUUGAAUAUUGUGGUGAAAAGUUCAUGGCUGGCCACCAAGUGUGAGCAAUGAUGGAAUUAAAAUACCAAGCUUUUAGUUUUUAUAAAACUAAUUCGAAGAAACCCAUCUCGCUUGCCACGUUAGUCAAAACAGUGCCACCAUCUUGGAAAGGUGGUGGUGGCGACGACGACAGUGGUCACCUGUGGAGAAUUUAACAUUAAUAUUACAGCUAUCAAUCCAAGUUCCAGUAUACAUCAAGAAAGUGCCUUGGCCUCCUCACAGAGGCUGCCUGGUUAAGAGAUGGUUCAGCGUAUGCGGCCUGGUGCUAGCUCAGCUUUCCAAGCACUGAGCUUUGACAAUGUUCUUGUCCCACUUCCCACCCAGUGUUUUUUUUUAUUCAGUGUAAAAAUGAGAGGGGUUUUGUCUUGUUCUUAGUUGAAACUAUGCAGUAUUAAUGGACCUCCUGCACAAUAGAAGACUGUAAUCAGGCUGGAACUUUUGUCUGGAAUGAGAAUCAAGAAUGUGAAAGAUUAAAAUGCUAUUUUAAAGAUUGUGCAGAUGGAAACUCUGAUGUCAGUAAUAAAAUAUUGGAUUGUUA